CAUGUAUCAGGGCAGCCAGCGACAUGGCUCGGCCAACGACCCCUCGAGGCCCUUCCAGGUGCCCCCUCCGCCGCCGCCUCCCGCCAUGGCACCUCCCAUGGCCGGGCCUCAGAUGAACAUGAUGGUCCCUCCGCCUCCCCCGCCGCUUCGAUAUCCUGCCGUGCCUGGUCCGCCGUCCCAGGGCGUCAUGCUGCCACCGCCCCCGAGCGGCCCUCCCCCUGGGAGCGGCAUGAUGCCAGCGCCAAACUGGCACGGCAACUUUGGGCGCCUGUACGAUGGCCGUCCCAGCUACCCCGUGCCUCCGCCGCCCCCUACCAACCAGCACCAGCCGUAUAACCCGACCAAGUUCCACCAGCACCACGCGUUGCAAGCGGGACAGGCAAUGGUUGUGCCGCCUCCCCCGCGCCCGAGCGAUGCAAUGGGUGCCACGUAUAUCCCGACGGGGGAGACGUACGGUGAAGGUGUGGGCAUACCGGGCUUUGGUCGAGAGGAAACGCAAACGUCGUGGCUCGCCUCCCCGUCGCAGAACGGGCCAGAGACGAGCGCCACGACGCCAAUGGAAGAAAGGCAACAGGCGUACAUGGGGGGGAACCACGCAAAGGGCCCGUCAGCAGCACCGAGUGCGCCUACUACCGCCACAGCGCAGUGGCCGUUGGACAAGGUCCUGCUGUGGCUGGCGCAGAACCAAUCGCUGAAUCUCGCGCACGGCGGCCGUGGGAACUUUGGCAUGAUGCACCAGCGGGUCGGGACGGGAUGGGACCAGCCGAGAGAGAGGGAGGAGGGGAAGCGCAUGCGGAGGCUCAUCAGGAGUGUCGUUACCGGCCGGCCUGUCGAGGCUUCCAAGGCGAUGCCCUCGCACAGCCGAAAGGAAUCUACGGCUUCCAGCCAGCCCACGAGCCUUGCCCCUGCGAGCUCGGAUGCCGCAGACAAUCUCGAGUUCUCCCAAACCAGAUCGACAACAAUGCCGCCUGCAAAUGGUACCGACAGCACAAAUCACAGGAAUGUGCUGAAGAACCUUGAGCUUGGACGGCAGAGUCCCACUGGCGAGCAGGCAGCCCAUUGCUCGAGCCCGGCCGGCAGCCCAGCAGCCCAGCCCACCCUUUUCCACUCGGCUACCACUCCGAUCUUAUCAUCCUCGCCCAACUCAUCCAAGUUUACACAUCGAUCGAGGAACAGCACCGAUUCGGCCGCGUCCAACGCCGCCAUCUACGGCUCGGGCAUUCCCCCAGAGGCCGCCGGGCUCAUGACACGAGGCAUGAGCCUGGCAGAGCUCAUGUCGUCGUCGAGAAGGGAUGACAGCUAUUCCAAGCAUGCCGAGUCUCCGUCAUCUGCCAAGGACUCCAAGGGUCUCCUUAGUUUCUUGUCCAGGAGGAGGCGGCAACACGUGGACGGCGCCUUUCCUUCGCCUGACGAUCUCGACUCUCCCACUUCACCAGCCUUUCAAAAGUCUUUGUCAAUAACUACCCAUGGAUCGGAUGCCGGUUACGCUCACCCGGACCCAUCCAGCAUCACUUCACAUUACGAACCAAAAUACGGUGUCGGCCAGGCCAGAACAUACGUCCUGGCUACCAUGGACCACUGGAACUACCGGAUGUGCGACAUCACCGAUGCAGAGACCGCGGCGGACAUUCGGCAAGCCAUCUGCCACAACCUUGGCCUUCCAGAUAUUGAGGGCUCCUUCAUAUACUCAACCGAGCUGGGCCAGUUUGAACAUGCUGAACCCCUGGAUGACCAAAAGCUCCUGACCAGCAAGCGCGUAAAGGCCGAUUCUGCGGGCACGCUCAAAUUCUUCGUCACCUCUCAUAGCGCGCUAACCCCGAGCCUGAGCAGCGAAGUGCCCAGCUUGUUGUCGCCAGACGCCAUUCCGCCGGGCAUAGACGCAGAGGCGUACGCGCGUCUCAACGGACGCCAGAGAUCUAGCUCGUCCCCGCCCACGUCUCGGUCAAACACGCUGAACUCGCUUGCAACGGACAAGGUGGACGAGAAUGCGCUGGCUCAGGAGGCGCUCGAGUACAAGGCCGAAAUGGCCAGGAAGCAGCGUGAAUACCUCGCCAAGAAGAAGCAGGCUAACUUGAAGGAGCCGCCUGAAUCCGUCAUGGGCUUCGGCAUCGUGGGCAGGAAUGUCGACUUCGACCAGCCUCGGCUCUCACCAUACGAAGACAGAAAGCCCGAGCACCUCUUCCCUCAGCGACGACCGCCGGCGCCGCCAAGUGACCCGAAAACAGGACGGCAGAUGAACGGCAAUGCUGCCGCUGCCGAGGGGCACGCCACGCCGCGACAUCCGCUUCCUUCCGCCGCCGGGCCCCCUGAGGCUGAGACCGUGGAGAAUGGCAAGAAGGCAAAGUCUUCCUUCAUACCCGCCGCGGGCAUGGGCGGCUUUGUAGGUGCGGCAUUGGUUGGCAUGGGCAGAAACCUGUCAGCCAUCGGCCAGUCGACGGCCAACGGGCCGCGAGGAGUGUCUCCCAACAGGACCGUGUCACAACCAGUUUCAGCCAGCAACGGCUCGCAGCAGCUGUCGCCAGAGCUCAGCCCCAGUUCGACCAAGCCGUCGCCGCCCACGGCAAAUCCGCCGUCGCCGCCCGCCAACAACAGCAGCAGCAACAACAACAACAGCAGCAGCAGCAACAACAACAACAACAACAACAACAACAACAACCCGAAAUCACCUGGCCCGGACCUGGACUUUACGGACACGGAUGUGCAGUUUACCCAGCCGCCUCUAACACAGCAGUCCUCCUCAUCUGCGCAGGGUCGUCCGCCGCCGGCUGACGAUAGCGACGACGAUUCUGACGAUGGGUUGUUUGCCAUCCCGCUCGCCGGUAGAGAGAAGGGCAAAUCGCCAAACAGCAAACCCGGACAUGCGCAGAAGCCCAGCUUGACCGUGAAUACCUCGCGACCAAAGGGCAAGACCUUAUCAGUAUCCUUUACCUCCCCCAAGUCGACAAGCGAAAACGCAGACGACUGGUCGAGGGCCGGCAGCAGUUCUCGGCGGACCCCUGGAACCCCCGGCUCGGAGUCUUGGGAGUCUGACAAGGAAGUCAAACUCGGCCGCCGCAAGUCGUUUAUCGAGAAGGACGUGUGGGCGAAUCGACCCCCGACCGACGAUUUGCUCAACAACCUCGACGAUUUCUUCCCCAACUACGACCUCGACGAGCCUGUUCUUGAGGACAGCGUCUCGGCCGAGAUAACAACGUCCCCGAUCCCCGAAGUCGAAGAGUCGCCACAGCAGACUGUGCCUCCUGCUGGUCCGGCUCCAGCCAUGUACCAAGACAGCAUAAACUCGACUCCUGCUCCUGCUGCACCUGUCCCCGCUCCUGCGGUUGCGUCCUCAAGCCAGUCUGUCUACGACGGGGACACGCUUGGCUCUGACGAGUCGACGUUGAAGGCCCUGGACCGCCGCCCGUCCAUACAAACCGUGGCGCAGAAGAGCAUGAGGCGUUCUGGCGGGCUUGGGCGUAUGAAGUCCAUCCGUGAAGUUGCCCGGGGUGCCCACGAGGCCAACAAGCGACUCACGCACGCGCAAGCCCCGAACAAUGCGGGCAAUGCCGCUACGAGCGGGAUCAUGCGCCGGAAGAGCACCAAGAUGUUCAACGCAAACAUUGUGCAGAUUCGACCGGACCAGCGCGGCAGCAUGAUCUUCCCGCAGAUUCCGCAGGACACUUUGCCUAAGCGGCAGACGACAUUUAGGUGGUUCAAGGGCCAGCUCAUCGGCAAGGGCACCUACGGCCGCGUGUAUCUGGGUAUGAAUGCCACGACCGGUGAGUUCUUGGCCGUCAAGGAGGUGGAGGUCAACCCCAAGGCGGCGGGAGGAGACAAGAGCAAGAUGAAGGAGCUCGUGGCGGCUCUGGAUCGCGAAAUCGACACGAUGCAGCACUUGGACCACGUCAACAUUGUGCAGUACUUGGGAUGCGAGCGGAAGGAAACCAGCAUCAGCAUCUUCCUAGAGUAUAUUCCUGGUGGCAGUAUCGGCUCGUGCCUGCGCAAGCACGGCAAGUUUGAAGAGUCUGUCGUUUCGUCCCUCACUCGUCAGACGCUGUCUGGGCUGGCGUACCUCCACCGCGAGGGCAUCUUGCACCGAGACCUAAAGGCAGACAACAUUCUCCUUGACCUGGAUGGCACGUGCAAGAUCAGCGACUUUGGCAUCUCCAAGAAGACGGACAACAUCUACGGCAACGACAAGUCAAACAACAUGCAGGGAUCCGUCUUCUGGAUGGCGCCCGAGGUGAUCCGGUCGCAGAACGAAGGGUACAGCGCCAAGGUAGACAUUUGGAGCCUGGGGUGCGUCGUGCUGGAGAUGCUUGCGGGCCGGCGGCCGUGGAGCAAGGAGGAGGCCGUCGGAGCCAUCUACAAGAUUGCAAACGGAGAGGCGCCCCCGAUCCCCGAGGAUGUCCAGGAAUCUAUAGGCCAUCUCGCCGUGGCGUUUAUGAUGGACUGCUUCCAAGUGAAUCCGGUUGAUCGACCGACAGCCGAUGUGCUCCUAUCGCAGCAUCCGUUUUGCGAAGUGGAUAUCAAUUACAACUUUUGCGAUACUGUCUUGUAUAAGAAGAUCAAGGAGACGUACAAGACGGCGUAG